GGCGGGGUCGCACCGCUGUUUCCGGUGCCGCGGGAGGAGGCGGCCGCGCGGCUCCAUGGUGACGGCGCAGGUUUCUAGCACGGGAUCAUCCAUCCAUCAGAUCACACCAGCCACAGACCUGCUGUCAUGUCUAAAUUAAAGAGCUCUGAGUCUGUUAGGGUGGUGGUGCGAUGCCGGCCAAUGAAUAGCAAAGAGAAGACAGCUUCGUAUGAAAAAGUUGUUAACGUGGAUGUCAAGUUAGGGCAGGUGUCAGUGAAGAAUCCACGGGGAACAUCUCAUGAACUGCCUAAAACUUUCACCUUCGAUGCUGUGUAUGACUGGAAUUCCAAACAGGUUGAACUCUACGAUGAGACCUUCAGACCUCUCGUGGACUCUGUUCUGCAAGGGUUUAAUGGGACAAUCUUUGCAUAUGGGCAGACCGGGACAGGGAAAACAUAUACAAUGGAAGGGGUGCGUGGUGAUCCUGAAAAAAGAGGGGUCAUCCCCAAUUCAUUCGAUCACAUCUUCACCCACAUCUCUAGAUCUCAAAAUCAGCAAUACCUAGUUAGAGCUUCUUAUUUGGAAAUAUACCAAGAAGAAAUCAGAGACUUGUUAUCAAAGGAUCAGUCCAAGCGGCUGGAGUUAAAGGAGAGGCCAGAUACAGGUGUAUAUGUUAAGGAUUUGUCCUCCUUUGUUACGAAAAGUGUCAAAGAGAUCGAGCAUGUCAUGAAUGUGGGAAACCAAAAUCGCUCGGUUGGUGCCACCAACAUGAAUGAACACAGCUCUCGAUCUCAUGCCAUUUUUGUCAUCACUAUCGAAUGCAGCGAGUUAGGACUUGAUGGAGAGAAUCACAUCCGUGUUGGGAAACUCAACCUGGUAGACCUUGCAGGCAGCGAGCGGCAAGCUAAGACUGGAGCACAGGGGGAAAGGUUAAAGGAAGCUACUAAAAUCAAUCUGUCUCUUUCAGCUUUGGGCAACGUUAUCUCUGCCCUAGUAGAUGGCAAAAGCACACACAUUCCAUACCGGGACUCAAAGCUGACCAGGUUACUUCAGGACUCAUUAGGUGGCAAUGCCAAAACGGUGAUGGUGGCCAAUAUAGGCCCUGCCUCUUACAAUGUAGAGGAAACUCUGACAACGCUGAGAUAUGCCAAUCGUGCCAAAAACAUCAAGAACAAGCCGCGAGUGAAUGAGGACCCUAAGGAUGCUCUGCUACGAGAAUUCCAGGAAGAGAUUGCUCGACUCAAGGCACAGUUGGAAAAACGGUCUAUUGGCAAAAGAAAGAGGAGGGAAAGGAGGAGAGAUGGUGGGGAAGAGGAGGAGGACACUGAAGAGGGUGAGGAUGAAGGAGAUGACAAAGAUGACUAUUGGAGGGAGCAACAAGAAAAGCUGGAGAUUGAGAAGAAAGCUAUAGUUGAGGAUCACAGCUUGGUAGCAGAAGAAAAGAUGAGACUGCUGAAAGAGAAGGAGAAGAAAAUGGAGGACCUGAGGCGAGAGAAGGAAGCAACAGAAAUGUUGAGUGCUAAAAUCAAGGCAAUGGAAAGCAAGCUUCUGGUGGGAGGGAAAAAUAUUGUGGAUCACACCAACGAACAGCAGAAAAUCCUGGAACAGAAAAGACAGGAAAUCGCAGAACAGAAACGCCGGGAGCGAGAGAUCCAGCAACAGAUGGAAAGUCGGGAUGAGGAAACACUAGAGCUGAAGGAGACCUAUAGUUCCCUUCAGCAAGAGGUGGAUAUAAAGACCAAAAAACUCAAAAAGUUAUUUUCCAAGUUGCAAGCUGUGAAGGCAGAGAUCCAUGAUCUCCAAGAAGAGCACAUCAAGGAGCGCCAGGAACUGGAACAGACCCAGAAUGAACUUACCAGGGAACUGAAGCUAAAGCACCUGAUUAUUGAAAAUUUUAUUCCCUUGGAAGAAAAGAAUAAGAUCAUGAACAGAUCAUUCUUUGAUGAAGAGGAAGACCAGUGGAAACUGCAUCCCAUAACCCGUCUGGAUAACCAGCAGAUGAUGAAAAGACCGGUAUCUGCUGUAGGAUACAAAAGGCCACUGAGCCAACACGCCAGGACGUCCAUGAUGAUUCGUCCAGAGGCUCGGUACAGGGCAGAGAAUAUUGUAUUACUGGAACUUGACAUGCCCAGCCGAACGACGAGAGACUACGAAGGUCCAGCCAUUGCUCCCAAAGUUCAGGCGGCCCUUGAAGCAGCUCUGCAGGAUGAAGAUGAGAUACAGGUGGACGCUUCAACCUUUGAGAGCACUUCAAAUAAAAAAUCCAAACCCAGGCCUAAAACUGGAAGGAAAUCAGGGGGAUCCUCUUCAGCAGGCACCCAUAGUUCUCAGCUCUACCCACAGUCCCGAGGGCUGGUUCCAAAGUAAAACCAGCAGUUCCUCUCCAGGGCGCGAACAGCCUUUGCCUUCUGAGAGCAGAGACAAGUAAAAACCUGCAGAGAGAACUCCCAGCCACACUCCAGCCCCUUUCCCCUGGAGAUGGCCUCUUUGCUGUUUAACUGACUUGUGCCAGUCCAGGUGCACUGAGCCACAAGAAGAUACGUGCUUGCAAUUCAACAUUUGGCCUCUGUGGGAAACAGAUUUUAGUUAGGAAAUCAGAAAUGCAUGAGGUACGUUAAAGUGUGUUAGAAGCAAUGGGAAGCAUGGGGAUCACCUCACAGCGUCACCAUCUCUCCUUCUGCACUAGCCCUUUUGCUGCACUGGGCUAUUUUUGCUGUUGGGCAAUAAGAAGACAGAGUUGAAAGUCAUCUCAACAGAACCACCGCUCCAGAGCUCCAUAGUGAGAACCAAAUGAGGCUAAAAAGCAGAGGAUCUGUUCAAACUUGACUAGGUGCAUAGUUUUUCUUCUUCCUGCUUGAAAGACUGGCAUCAUCAUUUGGGGUUUAGAAGUUGGUCGGAACAGGCAGGGUGGCAGUGGUCAGCAUGUUCUCACCACCAGGUAGCUGUGCCUCCCUUUAGAGCUGUAGGACAAAAAAAGGGUCUUGAAAGCAACUUUGCCCUCUCUAGAAAGGAAGUAAUAGAAACUGAAGUCCUUUCCUUGUUUACAGGCAUAAGUAAGAGCUCCUCUAAACUGACCUCCUACAGACCUCACCCCUACCAACAGGAACCACCUUGUCAAAGAAUACAUCCGCAUACCAGUGCCAGCUCCACAGCUUUCUUCCUCUCUUUUGCCUCCAUCUUUACCCCUUGGCAUUUCAAACCAGUGUCCAUAUGAAGUCUUUAAACUGUGAGGUGGUGUAUGGCCAUUUUCUCACACCUCCCAGCGUUCACAGGAAGUGUAGCACUUGCUCAGAGCUAUCUUCCUGGCAGGCUCACGGGGCUGACUCUGCUCUCCCCUGUAAACUGGGUAGAGGGCAAAGCGCCGUAACGUGGAGCUGCCUCUGAGCACACUCUUCUUGUAAGUAUGGUCCCUUCCCUUGGCGUCCUAGGAGGUUCAGUGUUCGGUACCUUUUGUGCCUCACCAGUUCCACGUUAGAAGCUUUCCCUUUGCACCUCCCAGCCGGUGCAGAGCCCGUUGGGAGUGAAAGCACGUGUAACCGAAGUCUGAGUAAUGGAAUCUGGUAUUAAUUCCAGGGGUUUUACUUUGAAAGGGAGGAAGAACUCCUGCUUUUGAUGGUCUCUUUGCGAAGCUGCCCUAUGACUUAAGCAGGCUCCUGUAAUGCUGCGGGCUCGUGUGGCAGGGUAGAGGGAGGUGGAACUGCCACACUAAGGACAGAGUAAGGUGUCCCUGUCUAGUGUCUCACAGCUCAUUCGUUAAGUUUUAGUUCACUGUAUAUUGAGACUUGGGAUGUUACUUUUUCUGGUUGCUGUUGGCUGUCCUCCUGUGAAUGUUUUUACCUAUUUCCUCUCCCCUACUGAUGACUUCCUCCAGACUGACAUGUGUGAGUGUAUGAGGACUUGCCUGGUUUUAGAAAUGCUCUGAUGUGUGGACUCUGCCUUGUGUGCUCAUUAAAUAUCCACUGAGGGACUUCACCCAGGCUGGAGAACUCCGUUCUGUCUGACCCCCAUGAGCAGAAGGAACCGAACACUCAGCACAGCUCACCUCUGCAUCUUGCGGGCAUGGUGCCUCGGUGAGCCAGCUGCCCAGGCGGGCCCGGUUAAAUGCUAACUCGGCUGCUUUUUGAUUCAUGGAGUGCUUUUCUGGACCACAAGAUUAAUAUAUAUAUAUACACAUAUAUGCAUAUAUAUAUAUUAGUUUUGAUGGAAGAAAGAGGAGUUUGCUUAUACUUGAGAGAGCAGGCGUCUAACAAAUUUCUUUCAACCUGAACGUGGAAACCUGUCUUAAUCUUUCUUUUUAUAAAGCACUGUUUAUGUACAGAGAGCCUUUUAAUUGGUUCUUGUUGCAUAAUAUAAUGUCACCUUCUGUUCCCUCUUUCUCUCUAGCACAUUAUCUUCUGUACUUGGACAUUUAAAAAGAUGAUUGUAUGGUGUAAGUGCGCAGAAAACUGAAAUGAAACAAGGGGGGUCUAAAACCUGAAAUAGCAACAAAAUAUAUAACCACGUAUAUGUACAUACCCAUGUACACAUAUGUUGUAUGUGAAUAAUGCGUACACAGACACAUCUGUGCCUGCACAUGCGCACACUCUUCUUCAGUCGCUACUAUUCCAUAGGGAAUUCUAUAUUAAACUCAUAUGCUGGAAACUCCCCUUGUGGCAGGACUGGUACCAUGGAAAUCACAGUGCAAACCCGAACUGUUCUUGUUAUAGUGUUGAUAAGCUAGCUGGUUAAUAUGUCAGAAAGGCUCUGCUUUUAAUUCUGUAGAAAUUCAUUAGCAAGGUGAAAGAAAUUCAAUAGGGUGGAAAAAGAAUAAAACUACGUAUUUAGUCAUUGUAUUUAAAUCGGAGCUGUGGUUGGAGAUUUGGUUAGUGUAUUCAUGGGCAAUCUCAGAUUGUUACAGAAGCUUUUAGAGUCUCAUUCCAAUGGACUUGCCCCCAACCAGAUACUCAGUGGCACUGAUAUUAAGAUAAAAUACGUUGUCAUAAGCUGUACAAAACAUACUGAGCUCUGGGUUGAAGUUUUUAAGAAACAUUCCUGCCGAAUUUGCCCCUCUCUGGGUGUUAUCUGAACCAUCUGGGCUUCCUGCAGGUUAACAGCCAAAGACAGGAAAUCCAGCUGACUCCUGGAAGAGGCCCUCGGACAAUGUAUGCGGUCAUAGUUUCUUCAUAGGAAUGUUUAACAUCCUUCUCGUCUUUGGUCUGAUCUGUAUAAUGGGAUUUUUUAUUAAAAAAUGACAUGCAGCAGAAGUCAGCCCCUGGCUCUGGGAGCAAGCAUGGUGUCACACUGAAGCAUAGGAAUUAAAGCACUUUUUAAAAAUCUUUAAUGUAGGUCUAGCGCCUUUUUAAAAAUAUUUCCAUGCAGCGUGAAUCUUCUAAAACACACACCUCUGUCAUAGCAUCUUGGGCUACGCUGAUGCAUUAUACAGAUCAGACUUGUGUUCAGUUUUUUUUUUUUAGGUGUAGUAAGUCUGCCUUCACUGAACAUAGAGUGCUUCCCAAGUUUCAUUGAGAUACCUGUAAACCCAGAUCCGUCCUCUCUUCUGUCUGUGAUAGCUAAGGUGCACCAGGCUUUAAACGGUCCAGUGCAACUCCUGUGGGUCUGUUUCUGCUGUGUUAAAACACAAAUUGGAAGAGAUAACCUGCAAAAGCCAUAAUUAGAUGCGGAGAUGGAACUGAACUGGGAACGCUGGUCCUGUCUGCGCUGCACCAUGCAGUGGGGGGUUUAACUCUCUGUGGUCCAGGCACUUACUACCUUCUUCAGCCCCCCUUCUUUCUGAAACGGAGUGCCCGAGGAUCUCCCUGCGAGCACAGCCGUCCAUAUGAGAACUCACAGCUCCUUGGAGAUACACCGAUCUCCGCCUUCUCUUAGGCAACCUGUAGACAAAGAACCUGUCAAUAGUUCUGUCCAUAGUUUUACAGCUUAUAUUUAUUUGUAUCAUCUCUUUUAUCUAGGAAUGUAAAGUGAUCCUAAAAUACAACGUGUAAUGAAGUCAAUAAGAUUUAUUGCAUCUAUCAAAA